AUGUCAAAACAAUGUAAUAAAGAGCUAGAUUACCGCUUAAUUGACUUUGUGGAAUCCAAACCCCUUCUUUGGGAUUGCACAAGUGAUAUUUACAAACGAAGUGACUUAAAAAACGCAGCAUGGGACGAUAUAGCCAAGCAAUUGGGUCCAAAUUUCACAGAUCUUAUGGUGUCACAGCGUUUCAAAAAUAUAAAAGAUACAUUUUCAAGAAAUUUAAAAACUAUGAAAGAGUCAAAGCGUAGUGGAACUGGCACAGACAACAUAUAUAAGCCCAAGUGGCAUAUGUUUGAGAGAUUAAUGUUUCUCAAAAAAACUUGUGCUCAGGCAAAUUCAGUUUCAAAUAUUCCCUCUAUGCAAUUAGAUGCUGUAACAUCGAACUCAAUAGUCAACUCUUUACAAUCUUGUGAUAUAGUGGUGGAAGAUUCUAUAUCUAAUGAUAUAUCUUCUUAUAAUAUUUAUUAUGACGAAGCAUCACAGGCAAUAUCUCAGAGCUCACAUAGUGACUUUGAAGGAGUAAGUGCAAUUACAAAUACAUCACUUGAGAUGGGUCCGCCACCUAAAUUUCCUUCAGAAUCUGUUACUACACCUUGUUGCAUUACUUAAGAAAAAGAAGCCCCUCAACAACAAAUAGAGAAUGUCAAUGCAACUACCAGAAAGCGACCAUCAGAAAAUCAAUUAUUCUCUAAAAGAGGAUCAAAACAGAAAA